AUGCGUUCCUGUAAGCUGGCCGUCUGUCCUAAAGGCGAACCACCUCUUGGCAAGUGGCUAAUUGGGGAGUGGACCAAGUGCUCAGUUACAUGUGGAGGUGGAUGGCGACGUCGCACGGUUACAUGUGACGGCAUCAUAUGCGACGACACCACGAAGCCGCGCAUGUUCGAUGAGUGUAACGCAGUAGCUUGUCCACCAAAAAGUAAUAAUACUUGGCAGAUAUCUCCUUGGACUCAUUGCUCGGUUACUUGCGGUGGUGGAGUACAACGACGUCGUGUGUGGUGUGAAGACGCGGCUACAGCUCAGUCUCAAGACGAAAGUGAAUGUCGAGAUGUUAAGCCGAAGAUAGUGCGAGACUGCGAGUUACCGCCCUGCCCGGCUUCGCAGCGGGACUCUCCAGCUAUCUGGCAAGCUGCACCCUGGAGUCCGGUACGUCGCAGAUACAAAAAACGUCCUCACAUUCACCGUAGGUUCUUGCGUUACAGUGAAGCACAUUAG